ACGGGAAACACCACGAGGCUACAAAAAGUUGGAAAUUCAGAGCAUCUGGGACCACAUGGAGCAGGCUGCUGUUCAGUUAGCUCAGCCCUUGCUCUGCCUCCCCUCUCCCCCCGCAGGUCGCUCGAGAAUCUGCAUUCACUGUUGCUGGGCAAUCUGGCUACUGAAACCACAACAGCGUCAGUGGGGAUGGAGCCUCUGUGUCCGGGGCGCUGCAGCAGCUCCCAGCGCUGCCGGCAGGGAGGGACACGGCAGCACCAUGUUCGCCACGGUGAGAUUCGGAGCCAACUGCCAAGAGAUGGUGAACCUGCUCUGCUGCAUCCAGACCCUCACAGGCCACCUGAAGUGGAAGUGUCAGUGCAGACCCGAAGACUGCAUUGAUCUCAUGGAUGAAAAGGGCACCCUGAUGAACCUGAGCAAAGUGGAAGAUCCUGCAUCUGAAUAUGCCAGCAAACACCUGCAGGGAAGGCAGCGCUACAUCCUCGUCAGAGCUGUCCGAGAAGAAAACUCUGAAGCCAUCUGCUAUGAAUCCUUGCUUGAGGACCUGGGGAAACACUACCCUGACCUCCCAGAUCGUCUGCAGCAGCUCUCAGGAAAGACUGAGAGGACAGAGCAGAGGAAGAAGGGCUCCUUGCAGAGGGCUCAGCCUCACACCAGCACCCGAGCCAGGAGCAGGACCACCUUACAGAGCAAGAGGAGCUUGGAACACAAGAGCAACCCUAAAUGAGGAACAGACCCAUCACUGGUCACCAGGCAGCCUCCACCAGGACCCCAACACCUGCCCAGGUUCUUAUUCCAGCACAGCAGAGUCCCCUGUAGUGAGCCCCUUGGGAUCCCCUGCCCCCCCAGAGCUUCACACAUCCCAAACUGCACCCGGACAAACCCACCAUCACAGCCAGGCACUGGCACCAUCCUCCUGCUUCAGGGCUCUCAUGCUCCCCUGGCAUGGCCUGCAUCCCCAGGGACAAGAACCUGCACCUCCUUCCCACCCAGCUGCACUCCUGUUACUGCUGGGCCUGCUUCCCACUGCAGCACUCUGGAGUGGCCCUGCAGGGACUGCCCACUGCCAUCUCCAGGAGAAGCUGCUCCAGAGACAGCCACAACUGCAGAGGCAGCACUUUGCCAAGCUGGGUCAAAGGCAGAACACACCUCCUGCAGGUGCUGCUGCUAGUUCUCCUUAACAGCUUCUCCUCCCAGAGCAGCACACCAACAGUCUAAUACACUUAUUUCUUAAAGGGAGUUAAACACUUUGGAGUGGUUCCUCCCUGCUCUCACAGGACAGCCCAGCACACGGAGCACCUGGGCUUUUUAUCUCUCUGAUCGACUUUCUCCCUUGGCUGUGUCUAAGGAGAACACCAGACACCCCUGGCAAGGCCAGGCACAGCUCAGGAUAUCUCUACCAAGAACUUAAGACUGUGACAUUUAGAAGGGGCAGGACUUUCAACAUCAGCCUCCAGUACCUGCUAACAGCAUUUACCACCUAGAUUUGGAUUUCCUCACAGAUCCCAGCAAGGGGCUGAGAACUUGUCCUUCAUUCAACAGUCACAGAUCAAAAGGUUAAAAGACUCAUUCUGGCAUGAAAACUGCAUCAGUUAAACACCUGAAAGUCUCCUGGCUUCACUGCUGUGCCACUGAAACUCCAGCUGAAACCUCAGACUUCCCUCUUAGACCAACGUGAGGAACGGGCUGUCCCUGCUGGAGGCCAGUCCAUGGGCAGCAGUCACGAGGCUGUGCUGACAAGGUGACUGGAAGAGCAAAGCAGCCCCAGACUUCACCUGAUGCCAGUGACCUUGAGAGCAUUGCAUAACCUGCUAAAGCCUCAAAGUCAGAUCAGCCAACUGCACCCAGGUCCCACAGCCAGACAGGUCACACUCAGCUCUGAGGGCAGGACAGGCACUCAGGAAGAGGAUAUCUAUAGAAAAGUAACUUGUCACUGAAAAUCCCGUGGGACACGUGUUGGCUUAGCUCCCUGCAGCCUCUCCUCUGCCUGGAGGGCAGCCAGGGUCUGGAUCCCCUUGUGCCAAGUCACACAGGCCCAGUCCUUGCUAGGCUGCACCCCCUGCUUGCAGGAAGCACACACUUGUGCCUUGUCCUUUGGCUGACAAUGUUUACACUUUGGUAGCUUGAUUUUAGCUUGAGAAUUAAAUGAAGAACAUGCACAGGUGAUAGGUCCAAAUAAAUUCUUUUAUUUCUCUGUAAUAAAUACACUGCUAUUUGAACACUGAA